AUGUCCGAGCCUGAGUUUGAGCAAGCCAGGAAGGAGCUCGUCUCCACCCUCGAGUCCUCCUCCCUCUUCCAGAAGAACCCCGAGUACAAAAAGGCCCUCGAGGUCGUCUCCGUCCCCGAGCGAAUCAUCCAGUUCCGCGUCGUCUGGGAGGACGACAAGGGCGAGUGCCAGGUGAACAAAGGCUACCGCGUGCAGUUCAACUCUGCUCUCGGCCCCUACAAGGGCGGUCUUCGCCUCCACCCCACUGUCAACCUGUCUAUCCUCAAGUUCCUCGGCUUCGAGCAGAUCUUCAAGAAUGCCCUCACUGGCCUCAACAUGGGCGGCGGCAAGGGUGGAUGCGACUUUGACCCCAAGGGCAAGACCAACAACGAGAUCCGCCGGUUCUGCGUUGCCUUCAUGAGGGAGCUCAGCAAACACAUCGGUGCUGACACGGACGUACCUGCGGGCGACAUCGGCGUCGGUGGCCGCGAGAUUGGUUACAUGUUCGGCGCGUACCGAGCCCACCGCAACCGAUGGGAGGGUGUCCUAACUGGAAAGGGAGGAUCAUGGGGAGGCAGCUUGAUCCGUCCCGAGGCCACUGGCUACGGUCUCGUCUACUAUGUUGAACACAUGAUCAACUACGCUUCAGGCGGAAAAGAGUCGUUCGCCGGAAAGAGGGUUGCCAUUUCUGGCUCCGGAAACGUCGCCCAGUACGCUGCGCUCAAGGUCAUUGAGCUCGGCGCAACCGUCGUCUCCCUCAGCGACAGCAAGGGUGCCUUGAUCGCCACCGACGACAAGGGCUUCACGCCUGAGAUCAUCAACCAGAUUGCCGCCCUCAAGUUGGACCGCAAGCCUCUUACUGCCCUCGAGAACCACAGCUUCAGGUACAUUGAGGGUGCUCGUCCAUGGAAGGAGGUCGGCAAGGUCGACGUUGUCCUGCCCUCCGCCACCCAGAACGAGGUUUCCGAGGAGGAGGCCAAGGUCCUCAUCGAGGCUGGCGCCAAGUACAUCGCCGAGGGCUCCAACAUGGGCUGCACCCAGGAGGCCAUUGACGUCUUCGAGGCUCACCGCCGCGAGAAGAAGAGCGAGGCCAUCUGGUACGCUCCCGGCAAGGCUGCUAACGCCGGUGGUGUCGCCGUCUCUGGUCUCGAGAUGGCACAGAACUCUGCGCGUCUGUCCUGGACGUCCGAGGAGGUCGACGAGAAGCUCAAGGGCAUCAUGAAGGACUGCUUCGAGAACUGCCUGGGCACCGCAAAGGAGUACUUCACCCCGGCCGAGGGCGAGUUCCCGUCGCUCGUCGGUGGUGCCAACGUGGCUGGCUUCCGCAAGGUCGCUGCUGCCAUGCUGGACCAGGGUGAUUGGUGGUAA